GGACAGGGACAGACGCCUGCCUCCAGAACCACUGUCAUCAUCACUCCUGGGCUUCUCCCCCCCCCCCCCCCGCCCCAUCCCUCCAGCUCCCCCAGCCCCCCUGAGAAGUGAGGGGGCACUCUGGUCUUGGGCAAGGGUGAGGCCCUUUGCUGUGGCUGGUAGGAAGUUUGUGGGACCCAGAGAGUUGCCGUCAAUUGGAAGAAUUGACCCAGUCUGGACCCUCUAGACCUUGGGUAGCCAAGAAGAGACAGACCUAGUCCCUAUACCCAACCUGCUCUGUCUUCUUGGCUUCUUGGGCAGUUCCUCCACUUUGGCCUUUUCUCCUGCCCUACCCAUCCUACUUCUGAGCUGACAUUUCCUGAACAGUUACUACCGGCGGAUUGGGUACUACCCGCAUACCUGAUGCAGGGGAGUUGGAACCAAAAGGCCCAGGCUUUGUCUUGAGCUGAGAGUGGACAGAGAGGGGCCCAAGGGCCCAUAAACAGAUCCAUCCAGGAAGCCACUGAGAGCUUAAGAAGGACCUCUUAAGCUGGGGUUGGAGUGGAGAGUCAGGGAAGGUUUCUUCAAGCCUUGAAGAAUAAAGACAAGUGGACAAAGGUCUGAUUCCACUUGCCACUUUCUCAUUGAUUGGCGUUGGACGAAUCGAGCCUUAGAGCCUACUUCUUUGCCGGCCAGAGGCAAGUUAGGCGAGUUGCUGGGGAGGAAGAGGGCGGGCCCUCCUAUAGCAACUCAGCAUUGGUUGGCUUUCAAGACUUCCGGCUCUCCCAUUCCCGUCCCUGGAUUGGCUGUAAGAGAUUAAUCUACGCCUUGGGCCUGCGCGAUGCUGGACGAGAGGAGAGGGGGUCGGCUGGCAAGAUGGCGGCUACUGCGGCCGGUGUGGGCCGGUUGGAGGAAGAGGCAUUGCGGCGAAAGGAACGGCUGAAGGCCCUACGGGAGAAAACCGGGCGCAAGGACAAAGAAGACGGGGAGCCAAAGACUAAACAGCUCAGAGAAGGGGAGGAGGAAGGCGAGAAGCACAGGGAACUCCGACUGCGGAACUAUGUCCCAGAAGAUGAGGACCUAAAGAGAAGGAGGGUGCCCCAGGCCAAACCAGUCGCAGUGGAAGAGAAGGUCAAAGAGCAGCUCGAGGCUGCCAAGCCAGAGCCUGUCAUUGAGGAGGUGGACCUGGCCAACCUUGCACCCCGGAAGCCUGAUUGGGACCUCAAGAGAGACGUAGCCAAGAAGCUGGAGAAGCUAGAAAAGCGGACCCAGAGGGCCAUUGCUGAGCUGAUCCGUGAGAGGCUGAAAGGCCAGGAGGACAGCCUGGCCUCUGCAGUGGCCACCACCGAACAAGAAGCCUGUGACUCCGACUGAGGCAUGCCCCAUCCCCCCACGCUCCUGUCAGGCCUUUCCUAAAGGAGGAUGGUCUUUGGCAGGGGUAGGGGCCGGGCUUGCCAUCACCUCCAGUUUGGCUUCAGAACAGUGACUCGCUGCCUAUUAGUCUGAACGUACCUGUCCCCAUUGGGUGAGGUCAGCUCCUUGUCUCCUGAGUGGUCCCCCAGCUCUUGAGUUGGGGCAAAGCCAACAACAACUCAGUGGGCUUAUUGUCUCUAUAGGUAGUUAUGUAUUUUGAACUUUUUUUGUAUCUGGAAAUAGAAACAAGCAGACCCCUGUGUGUGGCAGUAACCUACUGAAUAUUUGGGGAUACUCUAGGUUUGGGCCCCAAGACAGGGCAGCUGCAGAGGUAUAAGCCCUGUGUUGGGCUGAGCAUGUUGAGGCUGGAGGGGAGGGGAAGGCCCAGGCCUGAGCUUCAGUCCUUGGUCAUCAGUGAUCAUUUCAAAACCCUUAUGUAAGAGGGAUAGGAUCUGAAAGAGUUCUAAGACCUCCCCAGACCUAGGCCUUUACGGUAGUCUGGGACAGCUUGAAGAGGCUCCCACCCCUGGUCCUCUGUGGACCCCAUCACAGUGUGAGAGGGAGAAAAGGAAGAGACUGUGUCCAUGAAAGAGAUGAACUGUGCUUGGCAAGCCUCAACUCUUGCCUGCUACAGAUUCAAAGCCCCUGGGACUAUUCUUUCUUAUUCCACACAGCCCCACCAGCCCCUCUUGCCACUUCACCAGUCAGAGCUAGGCUUUGGCUUCCCUGGGAUAAGGCCCCUGUAUGGGGGAGGGAGGCCCAUUCUGCUAGGGACUGGGGUCUUGUAGGCUGAGUUUCAGGGGUGGUUUUGGACUUUAGAACCAUUAGCCUCCUGACUUUAGAACCAUUAGUCCUCCUCUGUGGAGCUGACUCUCCAGAGUGACUGGCUUGUCACAAUUCUGAUUCCAGGCACUUGUGGCCAAUUAGAAUUUCAUCUCUUCCAGAAGGGUUUCCUUCAGGGUUUCCAUUUGAGCCUCCUGUCCAUGCCCGGAGUCAUCCCAGGGUGUUCCUCCUUCUGUGCUAGAUUCUAGAAACACAGUGGCCCCAGCUCUGGUGGAUGGUGCUGAGGAUUCGGGCAAUAGAGGUGGAGUUAGAGUGCGUGCAGAGAAGUCAUCACACUCAUACAAUAAAGUAAAUGCUUUAACUUAAAGUUAUGUAACUCCUCUAAGAAGGUAAUUCUUAGAAAAAGAGCAGAAACUUGGAGCUGUAAGUAAGGGCUGAAGUGGUAGGUGGCUGGCUGCUGAGGGAGAACCAGGCCAGGACUGAUUCCUACAAGGGACAGCUAUCCAACAUGCCCCACAGGUGUCAGGACUAGAACCAGGCUCCCUCUGCAUAGCCAGGGUGUAGAGCUGGGCUUCCUUUCCUAGGAAUAAAGGACAAAAAGAUUCUCCCACCUCCUGGAAUUGCAGAAUGCUUACCUGUGGCAGUAUAGGACUCAGACAUCUGUAACUGGCAGCUAGGCUCCUGCUCAGCAUCAGAGUAAGGACACCCCACAUUAUGAGAGCCCAGACAGCUAAUGAAAGGAUUACUUCUUCAUUUUCAACCUUGUGUGCUCUACAGAAAAACAAAAAGUGUCACAGAUGAGGGACACUCAAACAAAAAUUAUAAAAUGUUUGAGAAAAUCCAAUGCCUUAAAGAAAUUCUCCCAACAAGUGGGAGAAUUUCUAUUCAAAGAAAGUGAAAUGCUAACAUCCUAACAGGCUUUAAAAUGAACAUUUGUUUUAUCACCAGAGAGAUCAAAGAGGGAGUGACCCCCAUAACUCAAGAAUAGGGAUUUGGUAUAAGAAACAACUGAUUAGGAAUCUUCGAAAUUGGGAGUUCUCUGGUAGCUCAGUGGGUUAAGGGUCUAGCAUUGUCACUGCUGUGGCUUGGGUCACUCCUAUGGCAUGGGUUUGAUCCCUAGCCUAGGAAUUUCCAUAUGUCUCAGGUAUGGCCAAAAACAGAAGAAAUCUUGGAAAUAAAGAAUGUUUAUUAAAAUAGGAAACUCACUAGAAGAGCUAACUGAUAACUUACAGAGAAGGGAUUAAUAAAUUGGAAGUAAAGCUGAAGAUCCAAAGGGUGGCAAAGAGAGAGAAAGGAGGACAGGUAGAGGGUGAAUUUGAGAAGUUUUACUUAUGGAUAACUGUUCUUCAACUGAUCUGAGUUCAGGAAAAGAAAACCGGAGAAAGAAGUUUUUGAAGAAGGAGUACUUGAUGCCACUUCUGUUUCUGGCAUCUCUAUAGAAUAAUUGCCUUAACUGAUUCUCCUUUACAAACAGCUAAAAAUACUAGAAAAGUCAAUACUGGUAAGUGCUUUUAAAAUGCAUCAGUGAUCUGGCAAGAAAGAAAGGAAUACUCAGGCAAAAGGUAAGAGAAGCAGCAGAAUGCUGAAGCCUGACCUUUGCACCGGAAGUACUUGACAAACCAGAAGAUAUUGAACAUUGGUUUUGGGUGCCUUCAGUGUUUGGGGCCCCAAAGGGAACAUCCUCUGCGAACUAAUAAUCAGUCUGUUCUCCUGGCAUCCCGGAGAGAACUGGAAUCCUGCCAGUUACUGGAGUGGAAUAAGGUCUCCCUUGAGAACUGAGCCAGCCCUCCCUCAUAUGCAUUUGCACACAAGAAACCUCAGGCCAAAAUUUAGAGUGGUCUCAGAAUUUGGUCAUCUCAGGCAUUUGACAGAAGGAUAUGCAGAUUCUACCUGAAUGAAUCCUAAUUCAUCUCAGUCCUCAAAGAAUCCCCAGCAAUAAAGUUCCGAGAAAGAUGAACAACAGCUUAUAGAAAAGUUCCCCAGAUAUACUAGGCAGCAGAGCACCACCCAGAAUAGAGGACAUGGGAAAGAACAUGGUGGUAUCAGACUUGCAAAGACUUCAGACAUUAGAAUUAUCAGUCUGAUAAUUUAAAUGUUUAAAAGUGAUUUAAGAACAAAGGAAACGCUUGACAAUGAAUAGAUUUUCAGAGGAACCAAAAUGAGGUUCUGGAAGAAAAAAAUACUUCCAGAUUCGUAGUGAUUUGAAACCUUGUAUCUCUGAAUUAGAGCUAAAGAGACAAUUUGUGAAUAGGAAGCAAGAUCUGAAGAGGUUAUCCAGAAUGCAGCCAGCCAGAUAAAAAGGUCAAUGGUAUAAAACAAGAGGCAAAGAUAUGAAAGAUAGGAUGAGGUGAUCUAACAGUGUUUGGAGUUCCACGGCGGGGGUGGGGGAGGCACAAAUUGGGCAGAGAUAAUUUUUUUUUUUCAGUGACUGAAGUUUUAAAAAUCACCAGUCCAUGGAUUCAAGGUCAACAAAUCUCAAACAGAGCAACCAAAAGAAAUUUGCGCUCAAGUGUUCUGUCUCUUAUUAUGGGUGGUAAUUAAUUAAGUAUAUUCACUUAUGAAUAUUCCUUGGGCUCUGUACAUAUAAUUUGGGCACUUUUUUGUAUGUUUCCUAUAGUUCAGAAAGCAGGUUUGCCUCAAUUUUUUUUCACACUUUGUAUUCAUUAUAAAUUGCUGCAUAUAAAUUAUCCCCAAACUGGAGUUCCUGUCAUGGCUCAGUGGUUAAUGAAUCUGACUAGGAACCAUGAGGUUGUGGGUUCGAUCCCUGGCCUCCCUCGGUGAGUUAAGGAUCUGGCAUUGCCCUGAGCUGUGGUGUAGGUCACAGACGCAGCUCAGAUGCAGUUCAGAUCCUGCAUUGCUGUGGCUCUGGCGUAGGCCAGCAGCUACAGCUCCAAUUAGACCCCUAGCUGGGAACCUCCACAUGCCACAGGUGUGGCCCUAAAAACACAAAUAAAUAAAUAAAUAAUCCCAAAACUUUGUGGCUUAAAACAAGAAAUUAUUAUCUGACAGUUUCUGUGGAUCAGGAAUUUAGGAGUGGCUUAGCUGAGUAGUUCUAGUUUGGGCGUCUCUUUGAGUUUGCAGUCAGCAUUCUCCUCCAGGGCAGCAGGCUUGAGAAGGCUCGACUGUGGCUGGAGGAUCUGCUUCCAGGACUGCUUCCACCCCAGGGCUCAUAGGAAUGCUUAUAGAAGCAUUACAAAACAGUCUUCUUGCUUGGACUUCUUCAUAAGACAAAGUGUUCACAUGUGCGGGCAGCUGGCUUGCCCCAGAAUAAGUGAUCCAAGAGAGAAAGCAAGAGGAAGCUUUAGGGCUUUUGAUGAUCUGGUCUUAGAAGUGAUAUUCUUUCUCAGGCUAUUGUUAGAAGCAAGUCACUCUGUCCAGCCCACACUCAAAGAGAGAAGACUUAAGUUCUACCUCAAGGUAGAGUCCGUCUAAGAAUUUGUGGGUGUGUUUUAAAACCACUACAUACCUGGACACAUUGUAAUAAAUUGGCGAACCAGAAGACCAAGAAAAGAUCUCAAGGAGUUCCUGCUGUGGUGCAGAGGGUUAAGAAUCUGACUGUAGCAUGGGUUCCAUUCCAGGCCCCACACAGUGGGGUAAAGGAUCCAGCUUGCCACAAGUGUGGCAAAAAAAGACAGAGAGUUCCCAUCGUGUCUCAGUGGAAAUGAAUCUUACUAGUAUCUGUGAGGAUGCAGGUUCAAUCCCUGGCCUCACUCAGUGGGUUAAGGAUCUGGUGUUGCCGUGAGCUGAGGUGUAGGUCACAGAUGAGGCUCGGAUCUGGUGUUGCUGUGGCUGUGGCAUAGGCUGGCAGCUGUAGCUCCGAUUCAAUGCCUAGCCUGGGAACAUUCAUAUGCUUUGGGUGCGGCCCUAAAAAGACCAAAAAAAAAAAAAAGAAAAGAAAAAGAAAAAGAAAACAAGAGGGAGGGAGAAUGAGAGCUAAAGAAAAAGAGAGGAAGAAAAUAUCUUACAAUUAGAGAAGAUUUUAUUAUCUUCCGAGGAGCAAGCCUGCAGCAGAUGUCUCAACCACAGCCAGGGUUAACUGGAAUGGUACCUUCUCAUAUCUGUUUUUCACUAAUAAAAAGUAACUGUCAACUUGAAAUUCUAUACCCAGGGAAAAUAUCUUACAAGUACAAGUUAUUUUUAGACAAAACCAGAGAUUUUGUCACCAGCAGACUCACAAUUUAAAAAAAAAAAUCUAUUUUGGGGUAAUGAAAAUAUUCUAAAAUGGGUUGUGGUAAUGGUUGCACAAUGCUAAAAGCCACUGAAUUAUACCUUUAAAUGGGUGAAUUGUAUAAGGUAUAUAUUACAUCUCAAUAAAUUUUUUUUUAAGUAAUAAUAAGCAUCCUCGUAAAAUUCUAACAAAUGUCUUCAGACUGAAGGGUCACAAUCCAGGUGACCCAGGUGGAAAAUCUGAGCUAUAAAAAGGAAUGAAGAGAAAGAAAGUGUAAAUUUAAAUAGGCAUUGACUUAAUAAAACAAAUACGUGUUGUGAAGUAAAAGUAAAACAAGGACUACUUAGACUACGUAACAGCAAUUUUGUGUGAGUCUGGGGAUGAGAGGUGAUUUGAAUUACAGCCCUAUAUGAAGCUCACUCAGAAGGAGAGAAAAGACUGUGGUAUACAGGCAGGUUGACAUUUCUAGAAUAACCCUAAAGAAAGAGAAAGAGGGUACUCCUUCCAAAGAAAUUGAGAAAAAAAUGGAGUGAGAAAAAUAAAUUAUCCGAAAGAAAACAAAGAAAAAGAGAAAAGGUGGGACACAUGAUCUAAUCCAAAUCCAAAUAUAUCAUUAAUUACUAUUAAUGUACUAGACCACUUUUUAAAAAAACAAAACAGUCUGAUGCCA